CUUAAGUGUGCAUGCAGCAGAAUGGAGCAGCAGAGAUCCGGAACGGAGAAGCAGCUCAGCUCUCCCGCAGCACCGCUAAUACAGUUAGCACAGUUAGCACAGCUGCUAGCUCGCUGCCCAUGGCCGCUGUGUCUGUCCCGGCACGGUUGAGGAGGUUCGGUCCGGAGGGCCGUGUGCUCCCUCAGCCUGCAGUCAUGGUGGUGUUCUCGCCUGCGAGGGACACGGACACCCCGGGAGAGGCUGCUUCUGUUCCCGAGGAGGAGCUCCGGACAGCCGCCAUAUCCACAACUAAUGGAAACCUGAUGAAAACCCUGCGUACAUUGAACGCACCUCAGGAGUUUCCUGAGGUGAUUCCUCUGAAUGUAGGAGGGACGUAUUUCACCACCCGUCUGUCCACGCUACGCCGGUACGAGGACACCAUGCUGGCCGCUAUGUUCAGUGGACGUCAUCACAUCCCCAGAGAUGCUGAGGGGCGCUACUUCAUCGACAGAGACGGAGCAUAUUUCGGUGACAUCCUGAAUUUCCUGCGUGAGGGGGAGCUGCCUCAGAGGGAGCGGGUUCGAGCCGUACACAGAGAAGCUCAGUACUACGCUAUAGGGCCGCUGCUGGAACGUCUGGAGGAAACUCAACCCCUGACAGGAGAGAAGGUUCGACAGGCGUUCCUCGACCUCCUGCCCAACUAUAGAGAGAAUCUGGAGCGAAUUGUGGAGAUCGCCAAGCUGCGAGCCAUCCAGCGCAAGGCCCGCUUCGCCAAGCUGAAGAUCUGCGUGUAUAAGGAGGAGAUGCCCAUCACGCCGUACGAGCGGCCGCUCUUCAACUCGCUGCGCUUCGAGCGCACGGAGAGCGAGGCCAAGCUGUUCGAGCACCACUGCGAGGUGGACGUGUCCUUCGGGCCCUGGGAGGCCGUGGCCGACGUGUACGACCUGCUGCACUGCAUCGUGAGCGACCUGGCCGAGCGCGGCAUCACCGUGGACCAGCAGUGCAUCGGCGUGUGCGACAAACACCUCAUCAACCACUACUACUGCAAACGACCCAUCUACGAGUUCAAGAUCACGUGGUGGUGAAGGACCGGAGCUCAAACCAUCCAGGCUCUGUAGGAGCUCUAGGUCUACUGAGACGAUUGAAAAGGACCUGGUUCUUUCUGAGAGCUCGU